AUGUCUGAAGCGAAGAAAGAUGGUGAGCUCGAGAAGACGUGCAACAGCUCGACGGAGAGCUCGCAGCUGGAGCCGGAGCCCGAAAAAGAAGACGUGCAGCCGUCAGUGCCGCGGAAGGCCGACAAGCCGGCCGGAAUGGGCGGAAUUAUGGCAGGGAUGAAGCUCCCGACGGCCGCCGACUUGCCGCCCGAGCCGCCGCAGGAGAAGGAGAAAGAGAAAGAAGCACCCAGCCCUCCUCGCGGGCGCACCAAGAAGAGCCGCGAUGCGAGCCGCGACAACACCAAGGAGGCCAGCAAGGAGGCCAGCAAAGAGGUCAGCAAGGACGACGAGAAGGCCAUCGAAGCGCCGAUCGAGUCGGAGAAGAGCGGCAAGCAGAAGAAGCCCAAGAAAAAGAAGUCCAAGAAGAAGAGCAAACAGGCCGACCCAGACGCGGCCUGCGAAGAAAAGUCCGGCAGGGCCAGCAAGGACAAGGAGUCCGCCGAAAAGUCUGACCGCCACGUCCGCAAGAAGGGUACCGCCCCGAAGAUCAAAGACAAGGAUGAGCAGCGCCGUCCCGACCAGCAGGAGCUCGAGAAGAACGCCGCCUUCCGCGAGAAGCUCCAGAAGGCCUACAACUUUCUGGUGCAAGAGCCAGACGCAUCGGUGGCGGGGGCCCUCUACUACCACGGCUACGCCGAGCCGUCCUACGUGCGCGAGCGUCUCGGUAAGAUCGGAGAGUACCUCCUGUGCAAGAUCUACCGCGAGGUCGACAACAAGGGACGCAUCAUCGAGCUGCUGUGCAUCGCGCUCCACGGCCCCUCCGAGAUCGGCUACUUCACGAUCAUGAUCGGCCCCAACAAACAGUUCUUCCUCGGCACCAAGGGAUUCGACAACAUCAACCAGCUCGUCUCCCACUUUGCCAGCACCGGCGAGCCGCUGCCCAACAAGGACACCGCCGAGGCGUUCAUCAUGCGCAAGUCGUCGCUGCGACAGAACGAGCUCAUCGCCCACGAGCAGGUGACGCUGAAGGAGGAGGUCGGCGCCGGCGAGUUCGGCGCCGUCUACAAGGGCAUCUACACGGGGGAGAAGGAGCCGAUCACCGUGGCCGUCAAGUCGCUGAAAGAUCUGCUGUCGUCGGACCCGGUGAAGAAGCAGAAGUUCCUCCUCGAAGCCUACAUCAUGAUGAAGAUUCGCCCGCACAAGAACAUCACGCAAAUCUUCGGCAUCUGCACGCUGAAGAACCCGCUGUACAUCGUGCUCGAGUUCAUGCCCAAAGGCUCCCUAAAAUCGUACCUCAAGAAGACGAAGGACGUCACCGACGAGGCCAAGCUCAGCAUGCUGCUCGGAGCUGCCGCCGGACUCGCACACCUCGAAGAAGCCGGCAUCGUGCACCGGGACAUUGCCGCCCGGAACUGCCUGAUGGCCGUCGACGGGUCGGUCAAGAUCAGCGACUUUGGGCUGUCGAUGGAGGAGAAGGUGCUCAAGAACAAGUCCACCAAGCUCGAGCCGGUCCCGUUGCCCACCAAGUGGCUCGCCCCGGAGGUGCUGAAGCACUACAAGUUCUCGGUGAAGAGCGACGUGUGGGCGUUUGGCGUCAUGAUCUGCGAGGUGUACACGAACGGCGGCGACCCGUACCCCGGCAUGACCAACAAGGAGGUCAAGAAGCUCAUCCUCGAGACAAAGGGCCGUAUGCCCGUGCCGAAAGAGUGCCCCAAGUACAUGCACAAGGUGCUGGACAAGUGCUGGGCUGAGGCGCCGCAGGACCGGAAGUCGUUCAAGCGCCUCACCAAAUACAUGGAGUUCUCCCGGCUUGUCAAGACGGGCGGCUCGGCGCCGAGCUGCAUGCAGAAGGAAGUCCCUGAGCACUCGGUCUCGCUGCGUCCCACCAAGAAGAAGCGCCCCGCCAAGUCGACGACCUCGGUGAACGCCGGCGUCUCGACUCGACAGCGUCGCCCGAAAGGCGGC